UGCACACGUCCAUCUGUGUGAAUUCUGAAGCUGCAAGAACCUCUCGCCGUGCUGCAUGGGCCAUCCACCGGCGACCUCCUCACCGGCCGGCGCCACCGCCGGCGUCAGCGUUAUGGUCAGCGACCGAUAUGUUGAGAUUAAAAAUGGCAUCUUUGAGGUUACACUGUCCAACCCCGACGGGAUCGUGACCGGCGUCCGGUAUAAUGGUGUGGACAACUUGAUGGAGAUUCUUAACAAAGAAGACAAGAGAGGGUACUGGGACCUUGUUUGGAGUAAACUGGGAGAAAGAACUGGCAUAUUUGAUGUAAUAAAAGGGACAGAGUUCCGAAUCAUAUAUCAGGAUGAAAACCAGGCAGAGGUCUCGUUCGUCAGAACAUGGGAUCCUUCUCUAGAAGGCAAAGCUGUUCCCUUGAACAUUGAUAAGAGGUUCAUCGUACUCCGGGGCUGCUCAGGAUUCUAUACUUACGGAAUCUAUGAGCAUCAGGAAGGGUGGCCUGGUUUUAGCAUGGUAGAGACCAGGGUGGCCUUCAAGCUUCGGAAAGACAAGUUUCAUUACAUGGCAUUGGCCGACGACAGGAAGAGAAUAAUGCCGAUGCCUGAAGACCGAGUGUCGCCCCGGGGACAGCAAUUAGCAUACCCUGAAGCUGUCCUUCUUGUGGACCCAAUAAAUCCUGACCUAAGAGGAGAGGUUGAUGAUAAAUACCAAUACUCGUGUGAAAACCAGUAUAACAAUGUCCAUGGAUGGAUAUCAUUCGAUCCUCCAAUUGGCUUCUGGCAGAUCACUCCGAGUGAUGAGUUCCGGACAGGAGGUCCCGUCAAGCAGAACCUGACCUCUCAUGUUGGGCCAACUAUGCUGGCUAUGUUCCUUAGCGGCCAUUAUGCUGGAGAUGACCUUACACCCAAGUUCAUGACUGGUGAAUACUGGAAAAAGGUCCAUGGGCCUGUCUUCAUGUACCUUAACUCCAGUUGGGAUGGAAGUAACCCAACUCUACUCUGGAAGGAUGCAAAAGUUCAGAUGAUGAUUGAGAAAGAGAGCUGGCCGUACUAUUUUGCACUAUCAGAUGAUUUUCAGAAGACUGAGCAAAGAGGUCGUAUCUCUGGUAGACUACUCGUCAGAGACAGGUAUUUACAUGAUGCAGAUCUUUAUGGUACAUCAGCUUAUGUAGGCUUAGCUCUACCAGGAGAUGUUGGAUCCUGGCAAAGAGAGUGCAAGGGAUACCAAUUCUGGUGUAGGGCACAUGAUGGUGGAAGCUUUAGCAUAAGAAACAUUGUAGCUGGAGACUACAACCUUUAUGCAUGGGUUCCAGGAUUUAUAGGGGACUACAAACUGGAUGCUAAGCUAACCAUAUCUUCAGGGGAUGACAUUUAUCUGGGUGACCUUGUGUAUGAACCACCAAGAGACGGUCCCACGAUGUGGGAGAUCGGAAUACCUGAUCGAUCCGCCUCUGAAUUCUAUGUUCCAGACCCUAAUCCCAACUAUGUGAAUAGGUUGUAUAUCAACCAUCCUGACAGAUUUAGGCAGUAUGGACUUUGGGAAAGAUAUGCAGAGCUGUAUCCAGACGGUGAUCUGGUAUACACAAUUGGCCAGAGCGACUAUACCACCGAUUGGUUCUUUGCUCAAGUAAACAGAAGAACUGAUCAGAGCACCUACCAGCCAACCACAUGGCAAAUAAAGUUCAAUCUUGACAGUGUCAGUCCUAACAGCACAUACAAAUUCAGAGUGGCUCUUGCAUCAUCCGCAAAUGCCGAGUUGCAGGUUCGUUUCAACAAUCAGGACAGAACUGCUCCUCACUUCACAACUGGAUUGAUUGGGAAAGACAACACGAUUGCGAGGCACGGGAUCCAUGCGCUGUACUGGCUGUUCAACAUCGAUGUGAGUGGAGCUUGGCUUGUUCAAGGGAUGAACACCAUCUACCUGAAGCAGCCCAGGAACCAGAGUCCAUUUCAGGGACUGAUGUAUGACUACCUAAGAAUGGAAGGUCCUUCUGGCAGCUAAGGCCAGUCUUUAGCUAGUUAACCAGCCUCACAUGUAUCGCUAGUAAUAGCUGUACUAUGCCUAGGUAUGCAGUAUGAUUUUAAAGUUUAAUCUUAUUUUACCAAAAAAAAAUCCUGGGUUUUGUCUAACCCGGAUUUAGCUUAUCUGAUUUAGGUUAGCUGGUAAAAAUGUAAGCUGCCGAAAUUUCUCAGAGCAUCAGAAUUUUGAAAACGAUAAG